GUUGAGGGUGCAGUAUUUAUGAAGUUUGGCAAUGAGGAUUAGCAUAGUUCCGCUAGACAGCUAGUUUAGCCAAGGAAAACUCGGGAAGGAUAUAGCUGGGCGCACUAGGCUAAUUCAGGAGACUUGUUUUUGUGCCCUGACAUCAGGAGCCGGAGGCGAAAAGUUUGAUUAAAAGUUUCAGAGACUGAAACGAAUACAUCAGAUAACACAUAUUUAAGGAGAGAGAAUCGAUAUACAAUCCCGAAAUCGGCUGUAACUGUCACCAGCUAAACAAAGCUUAAAACGAUGUUUGAAUGAUCCUGAAUCCAGAAAAUGAAUGGUGACUGAAGUCGCUUAUGGACACGUCGGUAGACUCCUCCUCCUCACCUCAUUGAAAGAAAAAAAAAUGAGGGAGUGGGAUAUUUCGGUUCCUCUUUCGUCUCUGACACGCAUAUCCAAUCUAUGGCUGACGGCGAAACAGAAAACCAUUCGGUAGCAAUGGAUAACCGUCCACGGGCAUCAUAACGUCAAAUUUUUUUUAUGUGUCCCGAAAACAGAUAUUCGGGAUGAUUUGACUCUGACUGGCUUUUCUACAGGCUAAAGGAUGAAGUUGAAGAAGCAGGUGACUGUGUGUGGAGGAGCCAUAUUCUGUGUGGCCGUAUUCUCCUUAUACCUGAUGUUGGACAGAGUCCAACAUGACCCUGCAAGGCGACAGAACGGCGGCGGGAACUUCCCAAGGAGCCAGAUCUCUGUUCUGCAGAACCGCAUAGAACAGCUGGAGCAGCUACUGGAGGAGAACCACCAGAUCAUCAGCCACAUCAAGGACUCUGUCCUGGAGCUGACCGACACCGGCGCUGUGUCCCCCAGCGGACAGCUGCCUUUCCGCAGUGCCAACGGCUCCUGGGUCCUGCCCUUCGACGGACGCCCCACUUUCCUCUCUGUCAAGCCCCAGGACUGCCAGUUUGCCCAGGGCCGCCGCGGACAGACCGACCUGCAGAUGCUGGACGUGUACUCCCUGCUAAAGUUUGACAAUGUGGACGGGGGUGUGUGGAAGCAGGGCUUUGAGAUCACCUAUGAGCCUGGGGAGUGGGACAGUGAGCCUCUGCAGGUGUUUGUGGUCCCUCACUCCCACAACGACCCAGGCUGGAUAAAGACAUUUGAUAAGUACUACACAGACCAGACGCAGCACAUCUUCAACAACAUGCUGGUGAAGUUGACUGAGGACCCACGCAGGAAGUUCAUCUGGUCCGAGAUCUCCUAUUUCGCCAAGUGGUGGGAGAGCGCUGACAUGCACAAGCAGGAAGCCAUGCGCAAGCUAAUCCUAGGAGGUCAGCUGGAGAUGGUGACUGGAGGCUGGGUGAUGAGUGAUGAGGCCAAUGUUCACUACUUCGCCAUGAUCGACCAGCUCAUAGAAGGCCAUCAGUGGCUGGAGAAGAACGUGGGUGUGACCCCCCGGUCAGGCUGGGCUGUGGACCCCUUUGGCCACAGUGCCACCAUGCCCUACCUGCUGAAGAGGGCCAACCUGACCAGCAUGCUCAUCCAGAGGGUCCAUUACUCCAUAAAGAAGCACUUUGCCUCCACCCGCAGCCUGGAAUUCAUGUGGAGGCAGGCCUGGGACCAAAAGUCGAGCACGGACAUCUUCUGCCACAUGAUGCCCUUCUACAGUUAUGACGUGCCACACACCUGCGGGCCGGACCCCAAGAUCUGCUGCCAGUUUGACUUUAAGAGGCUGCCAGGAGGCCGGGUCAACUGUCCUUGGAAGGUUCCUCCGCGGGCCGUGGUGGAGGCCAACGUGGCAGAGAGGGCCCACCUGCUCUUGGACCAGUACCGAAAGAAGUCUAAGCUUUUCCGCAGUAAGGUGGUUCUGGUUCCACUUGGAGAUGACUUUCGUUACGACAAGGCCCUGGAGUGGGACCAGCAGUAUCUCAACUACCAGAGACUCUUUGACUACAUGAACUCUCACCCCGAGAUGCACGUGCAGGCCCAGUUUGGGACCCUGACCGAAUACUUCACUGCGGUUUACAAGGCCAACAAUGUGCCCCAGGGUGCCAGACCCCCAGACUACCCGGUGCUGAGCGGGGACUUCUUUGCGUACGCAGACCGCGAGGACCACUACUGGAGCGGCUACUACACCUCCCGGCCCUUUUACAAGAGCAUGGACCGCGUGCUGGAGUCCCAUCUCCGGGGGGCAGAGAUCCUGUUCAGUCUUGCCGUGGCUCAUGCUCGCCACACAGGCAUGGAGGGCCGCUACCCCACUUCAGACUACACCCUGCUGACGGACGCAAGGCGUACCGUCGCCCUCUUCCAGCAUCACGAUGCCAUCACAGGCACCGCCAAGGAGAACGUGGUCAUUGACUACGGCAACAGGUUACUGCACUCCCUGCAGGGCCUGAAGAGAGUGAUCAUUAACGCAGCCCACUUCCUAGUGAUGAAGAACAAGGAUGUGUAUCGCUUCUACCAGACAGAACCCUUCCUAGAGACGGAUGACAGACGUGCCACCCAAGACUCCCUGCCCCAGCGCACUCUUAUUGAACUGGACCAGUCAGGACCCAGGUACCUGGUGCUAUUCAACCCGGUGGAGCAGGAUAGGCUGUGUGUGGUUACAGUGUUGGUGAACUCUGCCAGGGUCAGGGUGCUCACAGAGGACGGACAGACCCUCCCUGUGCAGCUCAGUGCCCAGUGGAGCUCUGCUAGCCAGAUGAGCGCAGAGGUCUUCCAGGCCUCCUUCAUGGUGCGUCUGCCUGCCCUAGGCCUGGCUGUGUUCCACCUGUAUGACUCUGCCGACACCCCCAUGACGCUGCGCUCUGAGACCCUGCUGAGGCUGUCUGGUCGGGGGCAGACUGCCCACGCCGUGGAUCCCCUCCCCCUCCGCUCCCAGACGGCAGACCCACAACCCUUCUACACCUCCACCCAGUCCCUCACACUGGGCUUCUCAGGAACCACAGGCCUGCUGGAGAGUAUCCGUCGUAAAGAUGACCCUCAGGAGUUGAAGGUUCAGAUCCAGUUUGUGACAUAUGGUACUCGGUCCUCCAAGGAUAAGAGCGGGGCUUACCUCUUCCUGCCUGACGGAAAGGCUAAGCCCUACAGUCAGAAGGAGCCUCCGGUGGUGCGUGUGGUAGAGGGACCUCUUUUCUCUGAGGUAGUGGCUUUCUACCAGCACUUCCAACAGACCAUCCGCAUACACAAUGUGCCAGGUGUGGAUGGUCUGUCUCUGGAUGUCACCACCAUGGUGGACAUCAGAGAACAGUCUAACAAGGAGCUGGCCAUGCGGCUGGUCACUGACAUCCAGAAUGACGACACCUUCUACACAGACCUCAACGGAUUCCAGAUGCAGCCCCGACGCCGCUUCCUGAAGCUCCCCCUGCAGGCCAACUUCUACCCAAUCGCCAGCCAGGCCUACAUUCAGGACAGCCAGCACCGCCUCACCCUGCACUCUGCCCAGGCCCUGGGUGCCACCAGCCUAGAGAGCGGCCAGUUGGAGGUGAUUCUGGACCGGCGGCUGAUGCAAGAUGAUAACCGCGGCCUGGGCCAGGGACUGAAGGACAACAAGAAGACGGCCAACCGCUUCCGCCUCCUACUGGAGAGUAGGUCCACUGGCAACAAGCAUGCUGGCUUCUUUGCCAAACUCUCCUCCAUGUUUCACUCGCUCAUCACAAUCACUCUGAGAGGCGGUGCUCAAGAGGUGGUGGACAGUGGACCAACCAGCUUCCCCUCCCUGCUCAGUCACUUGACCUCGGCCAUCCUCAACCACGAGGUGAUUGCGCUGCCCGUGCUGCCCAAGAAGCGUGGCAUCCCUCCCCUGCACACCUUCGCCCCCUUCACAGGGGCUCUGCCCUGCGACUUCCACGUGAUCAACCUGCGCAGCAUCCAGCACCAGCAGGACACCCACUCCCCGUCUCCCUACACGGCCCUCAUCCUGCAUAGGAAGGGUCUGGACUGUGGUCUGGAGACCCCCAACCCCGGCUUCAACUGUACCACUACCGAGGGACAGCUGGGUUUGUCGUCUCUGUUCCGUAACCUGGACCUCCAGCUGCUCCAGCCCGUGUCGCUGUCCCUGAUGUACUCCAGCCCCCCUAUGGCCAACGACUCCUCCGUCAGCCUGGAGCCCAUGGAGAUCUCAGCCUUCAGGCUCAAACUGCGCUAGCCAAGCCCAGAUACACACCUCCACACCAGUCCAGGCCCAGACCAGACUCACACAGACCAGUUUUGGUCCCACCUGGUCCUGCUCUGUUCAGUUUUAUUCUAUAGGAAAACUGCAUCCCAGUGCACAGAGGGGUGGCCACGCUGGUGCUUCCUGGUCCAACCUGUGUAUACACUACGUACCACACACACACACCACACGCACUACACACUCUGAACUGUACAUUCAGCCCGUAAGAGCAGGUAGCCUUCAUGACUAGACUCUAUCUGCAGGGGGCAGAAGAUGGCUGUCGCAGACACAGACAGACAAUCUCAGAACCAGAAACCUUUUGUGCUUGUGAUAAUACAGGUGCUGUCUUUAUCACAGAACAGAUACUGGCGGUCUUCUGCCUUUGCAUUGCAGUAGUGAUGUCAAGUAACACAAACAUACUUUGUUUUCAGUUUUUAAGAUCACUUCAUUUGAUUAUUUUUUUGUAUCCCAUCCUGGACUAACUACUGAAUGUAAAUAUCACAAGGAUAAGGACCUGGGAAUAACGUGGCGACGAGUGCAAUUUCUAAAGCUUUAUUUGGUGUGGACAGUUUUAAAAAAUCUAUAUAUAAUCCUGAUGGAGCCUACCUGCGGCGGACUAGAGAACUGUUCAUUCCAUUAGGUGCUCAUCACUGCUCAUUGUUUUCUAUUGACUGCAUUAACCGACUGACUGCAGCUGUGUACUCGCAGUGUGAAUGUGUGCUCUCUCUCGCUCUCGCUCUCUCUCUCAGUAGCUAUGGCUCUGUAAGAUACUGUAUGUCAGGUAGUCAGUCACUCUGUAGUCACUACCAGACUGGUGACUAGAUCAAACACACUAAGGACAUCCCAAUCCUCACUCUGCUUUUUUUGUCAGUCAUCAUUAUCAUUAUCGAAUGAACUGGACGGCUUGCUAUCCUUCCCCCCCCCCCCCCCCUGCUUGUAGAUGGUCUGUGGACAAGGCUGGCAGUGGAGGACCUGGAAUGGAAUUUAAAUUAUGUUUGUAUUUAAAUUCUCCUAAAGCUGUUCUUGUUGUGUACUCUCCUGUAUGCAGUGGAAGAUACAACUAUGAUGACUAUACCUCGUAUUUAACAUAUGACACAUGGUUAUGUAUAGUAUGUUGCUGUGGAAAGACUUCUGUGAAGAUGCAGUAUGUCGGAGGAGUAGUAAGUGUGUAGUGAGACCCAGAGUGCAGUAUCGGGGAAAAGGUUUCGGUUCAUACUACUGGACUGCUAAUCGUCAUAUUAGUGAGUCUGUGUAGUGAUGAUGGAGCAUCGGCGUACUUCCUUAUCUCCUUGUUUCAAAGCCAGACAGGGAGGACUGUGGUUCAACCUUCACUACCUAAUUAUGUGGAGACAUUAACAGGGGUCCUCCAGGGCUGACUUAGACAACCAGUGUACUUUUGCAUAUGUGGUCUUUUUAUUUAUUUAUCAGCUUUCAUCAUAAAACAUCUCUAUAGCCUUGACCCUGGUUGGGUGAAGGUACUCUAUGAUCCAUAUGUCUUUGGUGGUGAAGGUAAAUCAUCAGUAAUGGCAGAUGCACUAUGUUGAUAUCGGGCCACUCUCUCUGCCAUAUCUCACUAUAUGUUUCUCCUCUACCUUCUUCCCUGCCUCUUCUACCAUCCUAGCAUCAGUGGAGGCUGGUGGGAGGAUUUAUUUGGUAUGGCUGAAAUGGAAUGAAUGGAACGGAGUCAAACAUGUCAUUUCCAUAUGUUUGAUAUGUCCCUUUUUUAAAUUCCAUUCCAGCCAUAACAAUGUCCUCCUAUAGCUCCUCCCACCAGCCUCCACUGCCUAGUGUCCAAUGCUACUUUUCCUCUGGGCUUUUUAUAUUUCUCCACCUUGCUGUCCUCUGUUACACCUCCCUCACUACAUCCCUGAUGUUUUACACUCCUUCCUCAGAACACACUUCCCUACGGUCCAACAUUUCACUCCACAAUGCUCAGGCACUAGCCUGGUCCUAUACAGUAUGUGCUGUAGCCAAUUCCUCUAUUGAUAUGACAACAAAAGAACAGAAUGGUGGUUGAAGUACCAACACACUGGACCACCAGAUUACCAAUGUACCUGCAUCACUUUUCAGGUUGCAUUUUUCCCUCUAAUUAUAUGUUCUACCAUGACAUGACAACUGUACCUAGUACAGCACUCUCCCCUGUUGUCCCUUUCUCCUCCUCUAUUUCCUACUGUCUGUGUCUGAGUCACUCUGUAGACUUGUCUUUUGUAUGUGAUUUGUUGUAGCACUUUUUUUUUGUUUAAGAUGGAAUUUAUGAAGGAAUAAUUUUAUGUUUUCCUCAGUUUUUGUUUCUUCCUGGAUGUGUGUUUCAAAAAAGAUGCAUAGAAAUCAAUUGCAGAAAAGGUGGAGACACAAUAAAGAUCAAAUAUGAUACUUGG